AACGCAUUGUCCAUUCGCUCUUGGAGCCGCGUGGAGCUCCUCCAACCAGUGAACCAACCACACAUACUCAUCGUAUCCGUAUCCGUAUUCCCGCAUAUCCAAUUCCGUUAAUCGCUGAGUGCCGUUCACGUGCAUUGUUACCAACCAGGUCCGGAGGGCAGAAAAACGUUUAAGUUUGCGAAAUCGACGACGACAACGACAACGACAACAGGAGUAGUAGAUCGCUAAGCAAGGCACGCACAACUGUACUUUCCUAAGCAGCCGCUGGCAGCAUCCAAAUCGAACAAUUUAAUUUCCUUUUUGCUACGCGCACAAACAGCCAACAACAACUUGAACUAUAGAAUGGUAGAAGGUGAUUCUGCAAAAGGUAAAAGCGAAUCCUAUAAUGUAGAAGCUGGACUACAGCCAAACUACAAUCAGAGCGCAGCAAGCAAUCCAACAAACCAAUCGAUUGGCAACGCCAACGCCAACGCCAAUCCGCAUAUCGACAAUCGAGCGAUCAUUCAGCCGUACUCCCUGGGCACGGGCGCCAAGCAGCCAGAGUAUCAGUUUGCGGCUGACAAUCGCGGCUACGAGCCGGACACGACCAACACCAAUGGCAAGCAGCAGGACGUAGAGCGUGCGGUGGUCGGCGCUGCCGGCGACACCACCACCAGCAGCAGCACCACCGAGCACAAUGGCAAGGGCGGGCGACGCGGCAAGAAGGGGGCUCCGCUGCCAGAGCCCACCAGCCCGAUAGUCGCCAACUUCGAGCGGGCCAUCGAGCUGUGCGGCUAUGGCAAGUUCCACUACAUACUGCUGGCCAUUUGCGGCCUGGUCAGUACGUCGGAGGAAAUGGAUGUCAUCUCGAUGUCGUUCAUUCUGCCAUCGGCCGAGUGUGACCUCGAUCUCAACACGGAGACCAAGGGCUGGCUCAACUCGAUCAUCUUCAUCGGCAUGAUGGUGGGCGCCUACUUCUGGGGCAGCAUCGCCGACAGCUUUGGCCGCAAGAAGGUUCUGAUUGUCAUCUCGUUCAUGAAUGCCUUCUGCAUUGUCGCGUCGUCGUUUUCGCAAACUUAUUCGUUUUUCAUGCUGUUUCGAUUUCUCAAUGGCGCAGCGCUCGGAGGCAGUGGUCCUGUCAUCUGGUCGUACUUCGCCGAAUUCCAACCGAAAGCGAAACGUGGCUCCAUGCUGAGCUUCAUGGCUGCCUUCUGGACCUUUGGCAACCUGUUUGUGGCCGGCCUCGCCUGGCUGAUCAUACCCACGGACAUUGGCUUCAUGACUCCAUAUUUCACAUACAACUCGUGGCGCAUUUUCCUGCUCGUCUGCUCGCUGCCCUCGUUCCUGGUCGGCUUUCUGCUCUUCUAUCUGCCGGAGUCGCCCAAGUUUCUGCUGACGCGCGGCAAGAAGGAUCGCGCCCUGGCCAUCUUCCGCGGCAUCUUUGUGACGAACACGCGCAAGCGGCCGGACGAGUACAUGGUCUACGACCUGGAGGUGGACGAGAAGCUGCUCGAGAGCUCGGCGAACAGCAAGAACAAGUAUUCGCGGAUGGUCAGCGGCAUGGUGGACCACAGUCGUGCGCUGUUCAAGUCGCCCAUUCUCAGAUUCACCAUCGUCUCGAUCACGAUUAACUUUACAUUCCACAUUGGCUACUACGGACUGUUGAUGUGGUUCCCGGAGCUCUUCAAUCGCUUCGAGGAGUACGAGAAGGCCUUCCCCGACAAGUCGGCCGGCGUCUGCACGGUCACCGAGUAUGUGGUGGGCAUUGCCCGCGAGAGCGCCAACAAUGGCACCUGCUCCUCGGACAUACCCCAGUCGGUGUUCAUGGAGUCACUCAUCUCGCUCGCCUCCGCCCUGCCCGCCAAUCUGCUGGCCAUUCUCGGCAUGGAUAUGCUGGGGCGGAAGUUCUUCCUGAUUGCCGGCACGAUGACUGCCGGCAUUUGCUCGGCCCUCAUGUACUUUGUGCGCAGCUCCCUGCAGAAUCUCAUUGUGUCGGCGAUCUUCAGUGGCGCCAUUUCGGCAGCCAAUGCGGCCCUCGACUGCCUCAUCACCGAAGUAUUCCCCACCAAGCUGCGUGCCACCGGUGUCGCCAUCUCCAUGGUGGCCGCCCGCCUCGGCGGCAUCAUUGGCAACAUUGUGAUUGCCCAGCUGCUGGACAACUACUGUCCCUCGCCGACAUUCAUUGUCUCCGGCCUGCUCAUCGGCGGCGGCCUCAUGUGCCUCCUGUUGCCCAAUACGACGCGGAAGGAGCUCAACUAGGGAGUCUCCGGGUGCUACCAAGCUAGCAACCAAACGAAACAAAAUUUCAACAACAAAUCGCCAAAAAAACAAAAAAUAGUAAACCAGAAAAUAGAAAUAUUUAUGUAAAAAACAGCAGCAGAGCCAGCUGCAGAUAGAAAGAACAGGAACAACCCACACCCCAGUCCAACAUUUAAUUUUCCCCAAAACCCAACCCCGACCCCGACCCCACCCCCCUUUGUGUAUAUAUGGUGUGUGUGCUGUGGGAACACGACUAUUUGUAUCAUCAGUAAUUAUUAUAGCGAUAGCGAUAACAAUAACGAUAGCGAUAACGAUCUUUCUGCUCUAAUUUUAACGCCUAUCGGAAUUUAAAUCGGAAA